GCCAUAAGCUGUUGAAUUAUGCAAGAGCGGAGCAGCUUGUUCCUUCAAAGCAUGAAUCAAAAGUAAAAUCUCACGGACGCAUUGAGGUUGGAUGCAUGGAUGGGGAGCGUCCAGGCGCUAGGACCCGGAACACGUGAGCGUAUUAGUUUGCCAGAGGGUGGAGACGGUGAACAAUGAGGGAGCUGACUGGUAGGACCAGCAGAAGAGUAAGAUCUGAGACCAACCCCUCCUUCCUCCUCCUCCUCCUCCUCCUCAGUCCCAGAGUCCCACUGGACCGACGGACAAAACAGACAGACAGUGAGAGGAGAGCCAGAGCUGAGUUUACUGGGAACAUGUAGAUUGGUCCAUGCACGCUGCAGAGCGCACAGGUUUCCGCCGAGCCCCCUGCGUGGAUGCGAGUGAAUGGGUUCGUCUCAGUGUGUGUGUGGUGCUGAACUGGGUCAUGCAGACCACUGGAGGAGCGAAAGAUAAACACGCACCCUCCUCCCGCUGCUUGGCAGGUUGAGAUGGUGGGCGCUCAGAGGAGGGAUCCCAGCCUGCGUCCUCAUCUCAGCCUCCAGCAUCAGAUGAUGCUUUGAUUUAAUCCGCCUCCGAAGAAAGUCACAAACUGUAGAGCAUCUCCAGAAAGACACAGGACGGGAAUCAUCUUCUUGGGCGGGCGGCAGCAAGGCAACAAAACAAAACGACUAGAUCUGAUCCGAGCUCUGUCAGCUGUGAAAUUGCAAGCUUUUUUUUUUUUUUUUUUUUUUUUUUUGAGGUGUUUAAAGGACCUGCACGGGUUUUUAAGCACCUAUAGCUGAUCGAUAACUUUGAAACGAGGAGAUCCAUUCAUCAGUUUCCUGCAGAGCCAGGCGGAUCACAGCGGAGCAGAGCGCAGCAGCUCUGCUUUCCGAGCGGAUGCAGGACCAUGGAGGAGAGAGACAGGUCGCCAGCAGUCUGCCCCACAGCGUCAAGGCGAGCCUGUCUCUUUCUCCAUCUGGGCCGGGACGAGUUGGCAGUGGUGGGGGCUCCCCUACAUCCAAGAUGGGCUACUGCGGAGGGGUGCCCGUGGAGGACAUGCAGGCCUUGGCCAUUACCUCUCUGUCGGCAGCAGAUGUAGCCAAACAAUAUGAGCACAUUCGUGAGCUGGGGAAGGGCACUUAUGGCAAGGUGGACCUGGUGGCACACCGGACACAAGGCACCAAAAUGGCGUUGAAGUUUGUUACCAAGAACAAGACGAAGCUCAAGAGUUUCCUGCGGGAGUACAGUCUAACCGGCUCACUUAGCUGCAGCCCUUUUAUUAUCAAAGUCCUGGACGUGCUCUUUGAGACAGAGGACAGCUAUGUGUUUGGACAAGAAUAUGCCCCCGCUGGGGACCUCUUCGACAUCAUCCCCCCACAGGUUGGUCUGCCAGAGGAAAUGGUCAAACGCUGCAUGCAACAGCUGGGCCUGGCGUUGGACUUUAUGCACAGUAAAAACCUGGUGCAUCGGGAUGUCAAACCUGAGAAUGUGCUUCUAUUUGACCGCGAGUGCCGCCGCAUCAAGCUGGCUGACUUUGGUAUGACCCGACGAGUUGGAUGCCGUGUCAAACGGGUGAGUGGCACCAUCCCCUAUACCGCGCCGGAGGUGUGCCGUGCAAGCCGUGCUGAGGGUUUCCUCGUGACAACCAGUCUGGAUGUGUGGGCAUUUGGUGUGCUGGUCUUCUGUAUGCUGACAGGAAAUUUCCCCUGGGAGGCAGCGUUGCCGGCUGAUGCUUUCUAUGAGGAGUUUCGACGCUGGCAGAAAGCAGGGUGUCCCGUGGGGACGUACCCAUCUCAGUGGCGCCGCUUCACUGAUGAUGCCUUGCGCAUGUUUCAGCGGCUGCUCGCUGCUGAGCCAGAAAAGCGCUGUGGCGUCAAGGACGUCUUCUGUUUUGUCAAGUACGAGCUGGUCAGUGAGCUCAGGCGCCGAGCAUCUUGCCGAGCCAAGAGAGGCGAGAGGUCAAGCUCGGGAGUGUGUACUGGCAGUUGCACUUCCUCCUCGACCUCCACUUCAUCACGUUCCUCCCACAGACACCCCGAGCCCUCCACCCCUCCAGGAACAUCCUGCCUGCGCCCGGCACCACUCAAACGCAGCGUCCUGUCUGACCCGCUAUCUCCCAGAGAGGAGUCUGGGCAGCACCAGUCUCCAGGCCGAGACAAGAACAAAAGCCAGAUGGUGAUGGCAACUGCCAUCGAAAUCUGUGUGUGACCACGCUAAUGUUAGCAGUGGAGACUAGAUGGCUUUUCACAGUAAUAACAAGCUGUGAAGAGGUGCUAAUGACUACCACAGAGACUCCACUGAAAAAGGAGAGGUACUUUAACCAUGAAAGAGAAGCUCAGGAUCACAUCCCCGGCUGUGGAAAUGGACAUCAUCAAUCAGCGGUACGCGCUCGGACAGCUUAUCACUGGCACAUGCCGUUUAGGUUUUGAUUUGUGACCAAAGACUGCUUCCCAAGCUGAGAGGCAGUUUAAGAGUCCGCUCCUCUCAGCAGCUCACUCUGCCAUCCACACAUUUGUGUUUUCUGCCCAUACACUGUGGUGGUGCUAAUGAUUCUAUAAUUAGAUACUCCAUAAAAAAUGGAUUCUGUCUUUUCUCACUCAUUACUCCAUGUCUCUUUUAUGUUAUGUCUCUUAACUAGUGUUAUUCAUCUUGUAACAUAAGCUCCAGGGAGGCCAAAGCUUAAUCUGAUCGAGCGAUGCCGUUCAGUCGGAGGCCGGUGAUCUGAGGGCAAAUCUACGCAACUAUGUUCCUUCCUCUUUUUCUUAGACUUCCUGCCAACUUCCAAUGCAUAAAAUUAGUCUUUCUCCAGAGAAAGUGUUAUAAAGAGAAAAAUCUGAAAAAAAGAAACCUUUAUGUAGCAGUUUGUAUGAGAUGUCUUUUCAUGUAGGUGUCUAGACGUAGAGACAGAUUCUCAGAGAUAGGCAUCACCUCAGGACACUUCAGUGGGCCACUUCCUGUUUUAUUAUUAAUGGAAAUCCAUUGACUGGCUGAAACACACAUUUGCUGAACUGCUCUCAAUGAGAUUCAUUUCCAAUGGAACAAAAUAGAAUACAGGGACUGUACAUUUUCCGAGUGAAACCCCCCCCAGUGGUGAACAAAGAAGAGGAGAAGAAAUGUCUUUUUAUUGUUUCUUUUCUACCUGCUGUGUGUGUUUGGAUGUGUAUGUGUGUGUUUCAAAUGCUAAAGCACAAGAUUUUUUGUAAAGGAGGUGGUGAAAACUACGACUCUAUAUUGUAAAUAAUUUGAUAUUUCUAGGAGUGCACCGUAUUAUCAGGUAGUUCAACUAUGUAGCGGUACUAAUUUUCUAUGACAGGGAAAGGGGUUUGGGGGUUUUACAGUUACUGUCGGGGCAAUGCACUGUAUGUAGCAACAAGAUAUCAUAGAAUGUACAGUAUAUCACCACAAAUUAAAUAUAUAGAAAUAUGAUUAAGAGCCUAUCACAAUGUAUAACAAGGUAGCAGCUGCUGUUCUCUUUUUUAUUUUAUUGUUUUUGGGUUUUAUCUGAAACACUCUUGACCCACAUUGGUGAAUAGACACCACCUAUUCCUGCAUUUUCCAGUCACCUUAUUACGAGCAACAUCCACUUCCUGUGUCAAAAUCAUCGUGCUUCCUGGUUGUCAAUGAGUACAGCCCAUUCUGUCUUCAUUCAAUCAGUUAAAGCUACCGAGGGGCUGCUUUGCAGGUCGAUGCCUUCGCAAAUUAAUUUACCAGCAUCACAAAAGGUGUUCCAAUAUUUGAUUAUCAAGAUGCAACAUUAACACACAAUCCCGACUGCUCAGAAUACUCUGAUGCAUCCGCUAUGCUCACCAUGUUUAAUUAAAUCUUCCUGCCUCUCUUUGGGAAUUCAUCCAAAUAUACCCCUUGAAUAACAGAGCCCAGGUGUUUAUUGUCUGCAGGGAUGACCUCUGUGUCAGCUAUUGAUGUUCUGCGAGCUGAUGAUUGACCCUGACCGGCACGCUGCUGCAGCUUCCAAAGACAUACUGCUAAUUAUGUGAGCAUCUAAAAAGCAGAGUAUCUCCAAUGUGAAUGCGUCAGUGCGUGCUCAUUACCAUCAUUUUUCUUGCUUGAAUUGCGUUACUGUUAUGUCAGUCAGGUGUGUGCGCGCCCAUGUCCGUGUGUGUGUGUGUGUGUGUGUGUGUGUGUGUGUGUGUGUGUGUGUGUGUGUGAAUGUGUCUUCACUUUCCUUAUUUCCCCACUCCUCCCAUGACAGCCCGUCAGCUCUGUCGCUAUAGUGACAGUGCCACCGCUCCUCCAGUUCGCCUUCUGUCCUCUUCUUGAAAAUCAAGUCUAAUUGCGCCCAAAUGAAACAACUGGUCGCCAACCGCCCUCCCAGUCGCCCUCGGCUCCUCGUGACAGUUGCUUAGCUUAUUAUACUGGAUGACACAUUUUUGCAGAAACACAUUUUCCUGGAUUUUAUGAGCCACUUCACAGACCAAGGUCUUUAUUCAGUCUCAUCAGGCGUAAUCAGAACUGUUGAUGGUCCCCAUCAUCUCCCCUUGUCUCUUUCCAUCGUUACUCUUGAUUCUGCAAAGGUGACCUGAUUGAGGCUGAAGACUUGUCAGAGGGAUAUAUUGUAUGCUGAAAUGCUGGCUGCCUCAUACGAUCUGUCAUAAGGUAAUCCAUCAGUAGAUAGAGGUGGAAUGUGAAUUAGCCCUGCCCUACAUCUUGCUACUCUGUUUGUGUGAUAAAGUGGGAUCUACAACAAGACAGGGAUUAGACGGAUGGUGUGCGAGAGGUCAUAUAAAGUAACGCAACUCAACCUAACUUCAUGCAAAAUAAUUUAACUUAGUGUGACAUGGUAACAUACUGUGAAAUGUUACGUAACAUACAUACAUAACAUGACAAAGAGCAUGACAUAACAUAACAAGACGCAACACGCAGGUAAACAGUCCAUGUGAAGCACACUGGUUGAAAUGCAAUCUCAGAACCCUUCUGUUUACAGAGAUUAGUCAACAUGUCGUCUGGACCAAGCAUAUUCACGAAAAGUUGUUGAUAGGACCGUAAACAGUGUUCGGCAUUUGAAAGGGGAAGUCUUGGCCCAGAUUUCUGUUACUGGCUACACCAGAACCCCCGAAAUAUUGACUGUUGCUCCCAGCCCCCAGGAACAGCGCCACGCUUUGAAGCCAAUUUGACAUAGUGGCCAAACAGUGGAAUUACAACUAGAAUUCAUCAUCUGGAAUCACAGAUUUUUCCCAUAGAUUUAUGCUGUCUGUAGAGAGACGUCUGUAAAUCAGUGGAAUUUUUAAACCAUUAUGUCCUAAAAGUUGUAAAAUUUACCAAGAGCCAAAUCAAGAGUUAUUAUCCACCUGUCAUUGAUGGUAGCGAGCCCAAGACAGAGCAAUUUGGAGGCAGGGUUAAAGGAAACACGCAUGCAUUUGCUUUACGGGCCGAUGGAUAUGGUAGAUCCGGGGAAUUCUAUACUUGGAAUUUGACCUUUAAUUCCAAGCCCCCAGGAACAGCACUGAGCUCUGAAAGUAAUUUUACAUAGGGGACAAAUUUGGAAUUAUAGCUUCGGGGUCUAUCACGUGAGAAGACACCAAAAAACAUUUUCCCAUAGACUUACAAUGUGAAAGAGACGUCUGUAAAUCAGUGGAUACAAACUGACUUGUUUCACAAUUUUGAUUUGAUCGAUUCACUCUGGUAAGCGAAAGUCUAGAGGAGUCGCACAAUUAAAUCGUUUUUAUUCCCUGUCAAGUUAGUCGAGCACUAAACUGGAAGUUAGUUGCUUGGCCACUGUAAGUCUCUAGUGCGCUCGCUCUUUAGGCCACAUGAUGCAGAUGAUCUUGGUAAUAUUUUACAGUGGAAAUCAAACUUUUUUGACUUCAUGCAACACAAAGCAGGUUUAAUAUAGAAUGAAUGGGGAUCCGAUUCCAACCCUGUAUCCAAUUCUCUUUAUAUACUGUACAUCCAUGGCUGUCCCCAGAGGCUAAAUAGCCAUCAAACAAUUAGCCAGUGGGUUCUGAGAUUGCAUGUACCUCCCAACAUGUAAGUGUGACAGUGAUCUGACAAAAGCAGCUGCAGCUUUGUUAAACAUCAUAGCCAUUAGCAUCAUUAAACUACCAGUUGUUGCAAUGUGCAAUGCUGUUUCUCACUGACUGUUAUGACAGGAGUUGUCAAGUUUAAUGAUGAGGUGUCAGAUUAAAAAAAAAAGAAGGUAGCCUUCUGUUUACCCAGUCUGUCCUGAUCCGACGAUCAAACUGUUUUCUGCCAGCAAGUGUUGUUGUAGAAUCUAAUGUAAAUACUGUAUGUACUGUGUCUUUAACAAAACAAAAACAAGAAUAAACAAAAUGUUAAUAUAUGUUGAAAUAAAUUUAUG